CAUCGACGGAGGUAACAUGGGGGGAGGCGGCCUGGCUGUCGAGCCUGGCGAUGGCGGGAGUGAUCGUAGCCGUUGGGAUAGCCUUCUUCUCCAUCCUUAUCCUGGCGAGCAUGAGCCUUGCCAAGUUACGAGUAGUACAACGAUUCUUCUACAACUUCGGGUGAGUAUCUUUCUCUUCUCUGUCUUGCUAUGCAUGGUACUUUCACUUCCUCUCGCUGUGUUGCAAGUGACUGUAUCUUUAUUUCUCGUCACCUGCCUUUCAUGAUUCUUGCCCUCCGAUUUCCAUCUGUGGUGUCUGUCCAUCGUUUCCACAGUUCCACGUUUCUUGUCUCACUCUACCAUAACAUUUCUUCUCUUUCCUCUCUCCCUGUGUUAAGAGGCAUAUCGUCACGAUGCCUUUCCCAUCCAUGGCUCACAAGGAGUGAGAACGGAGUGAAGCAAAGGUCAACAUAAUUUUCGAUGAGGGUGAUGGUAUGGUAGCGGAGUCUGUCUGAAAGCAUUGGUUCUCCUUGCCGCAUUCCAGUGAGUUGACUCUGUCGGUUUUUUGCAGCUUGAGCUUCCUGUUCUCCUUCCUCAACCUCUUUCUAUUAUUUGGAGCUGUUUUCGCAUUCCCAGCCGUCGUGAUCAAUUCAGUAUUGGUGACUAUCAUUUAUGCCUGGGACGAUCGAAAAGACUUCGCCCACUGUAUCAGGAAUGGGAGCCCCAGGGUUUACUCCAGAUUCCUACUUUACUUGUUCGUAGCCGUUCUUUCAACGAUCAUGGGCGCUUGUAUCAUCAAGUACACACCGGGCGUUCUACACAAAUCAGGGGAAGUGCCUCCUCUUGACUGGAACAAGGACUUCCAGACGUGGGAGGGCCUCGGCGGAUGGAUCACGGUCAAUCUCGGCUUCGGUAUCUUCUCAUUGCUCUUUGGCAGUCUGGCAGAAACUUGGAUGUUUCACAAGGAUGUGAAGGAGAGGACGAGUAAAACAAAGAAGGACUAAGGAAAGAGAAUAGCUCUAAUAAGUCUACAAUUUCUUUCCGGGGUAUGUGUAUGAUAGAGGCAGCAGUGUUGAAUUGACAUAAAUGAAACCAAUUUGC